AUGCCCCCACAUGGAACCAGCCCCUCUGUGACAUCAGCCCGGCCUGGUGGCACCACCAGGGCCGUGGGCAGCAGAGGUGACAGCUCGGCUCUGCCUCUGCCACCUGCGCUGGCACCGAUGGCUCUGCUGGGGCUGCUCGUGCUGCUGGCCCUGGCCUGGCCCGUGGGGGCCACCUGGGACACCUGCAGAGGCACCUGCGGGCUCCGGCCCAUGGAGCUGAACGACAGCUCCGCCAUCCCCGAGUACGUAUCCUCGGAUUCUGCCAAGGCCACAACAACCCUCAAUGUCCCCCCAGGGGCCUGGUCUGGCAUCGCCAGCAUCCAGGUCACCAUGCAGAAUGGCACCUGGCACGUGUGCUCGGGGGCACUCAUCAGCCGUCGCUGGGUCCUCACAGUGGCCAGCUGCUUCAUCGGGGCCGGGGCUGUCCUCGAGUGGAAGGUGGUGAUUGGGGCCACGGAUCUUGCUCAGCCAGGCCCCAAGGCCGAGGUGCUCCACAUCAAGCAGAUCCUGAUGCACCAGGGCUACGUGGAGGCCACGGUCAGCAACAACAUCGCCCUGGUGGAGCUGGACCGGCCCGCGGAGUGCAGCGACUACAUCCAGCUGGCCUGUGUGCCUGACAACUCUGUGACAGUGGCCAAGAUGAAAACCUGCUACAUGGCGGGCUGGAAACGAGCCCCACACAAGCCCUCUGUGCCCUCUGUGCCCGCAGCCCCCGGCCCACGCCUGGUGCUGCAGGAGGCCAAGGUGCGGCUCAUGGACGUCCAGCUGUGCAACAGCAGCCGCUGGUACCGGGGGGCCGUGCACCCCCAGGACCUGUGCGCGGGGUACCCGCGGGGCGGCAUCGACACCUGCCAGGGGGACAUCGGGGGACCCCUGGUGUGCAAGGACAAGAAUAAGGACUACUUCUGGCUGGUGGGACUGGUCAGCUGGGGUGAGGGCUGUGCCAGGGCCAGCAGGCCGGGGGUGUUCACGUCCACCCAGCACUUCCACACCUGGAUCCGUGACCACACCGGCCCCAGCCCGGCAGCACCGACCGUGGCACCGCUGCCCACCCUGAACACGCCAGCACCGGAGCCAGGAAGCAUUUUCUGGCCAAAAAUCAGCCUGAGGCAUCUUUUUGAGAGGCUGCAGGAGUUGGUGGAGGUGCUCAAGAACAAGUUGGGGUGA